AUGGCCUCCAGGCCUUCUUCUCGCCAGAGUUUUGUCGACGGCGGCCUACCGCUGCCCGAACGCCAGGAAAGCGCUGCGAAGACCUUGCUGACCAAGGGCACUCGCAUGUUGAAACGGCAAGGGAGCAAGCUCAAUCUUCUGCCUUCGCAGCUAGAAGACAGGUCCAAUGUCCUCCCGGAAGCAAGGGUUGGCGAGAUGGCUCCAGUAAAGAGUCUCCAACGCCAGCCCACUCUGAUCUCAAGGCGGUUAAAGCGGAGUAUAUCAGGGCCCUUUGCCUUCCAACAUUUGACUCACGGCGAUCAAGCCCAGUUCCAGAGUUUGGAUUCAGUUAGCAAGACAGACCUCACUUCAGAAUUCAAUGCUGUUCAUGCCGAUCAGCAACCAGUUGACCAGAUUCGUGGGAUACCCGUCACAGACCUUCCGGUGAACGGUGACGAAUCCAAGAUCCACGUUGGAUUUGACGAGCCAACUUCGCCAACCACCAGUGCCAUUCCUUACCUACCAACAACCCCAACACGCCCGAGCCCGCCGCCGAAGGAUACUUUCAUGCCGCCAUACAGUCCCGAAUUUCGAUUAUCUCGCUCGAUGGAGAAUUUCUCUCGCCCAACGAGACUAUCCGUGACUGCUGUGGAUAUCUCCCCUUCCUCCGACAUAUCUAAGAGAUUGUCGGCGAUGAGCCCUAUCAGUCAGGCUAGAGCCCUAGCUAAGCCGCUCCCACACUUGCCAGAUGAUCAAGUUGUCCACGCUGUUUCAACCAGGGACGACAUUGCACUUCCUCUCCGUACCGCUCCGCUGCCAUCGCCUCCAAGGGCAGUGAUGGAGGUCGUUGAAGAGGAGAGUGUAGAUGAGAAUGCAACACCACAAACAGUUCAUGCCUCUGUCCAACCAUUGAUUCCGCACGCUUCCGCUUCGCCUUCUGCCAAACAACACAAGCGGCGAAGCCAGUCGUCCGGCGAAAUUCAUUUCGAUGUUGUUUCCCAUACUUCGCCGUGUAGGAUGUCAACCACAGAAACAACCGCUGUGGAGCGCACAGGAGGAGAAGCGAGUCCAAAAUCUAAGAAUCGGUUCUCCGUUGGUGUGAAACCUAUCGAUAUUGGAGACUGGGAGGAUGCCAUUGAUUAUUCGUGGGAACAUGCCGCAGACCUCGAAGAUGACAAUGGCACAAAUGCCUCAGCUGCAAUCCUUAGUCGACCAAGUACUCUGAGCAUUCCUCGAGAGAAUUAUUUGGUGGUAGAGCAGCAGUCUAUCGACGAAGCAUCUUCCUCGGCUUCAACUCCGUUGACGAUGCAGAUGCCCAGCAAUCUUUCUCGAGAUGAGAGUGGUCCUUCUCAGCCGCUCGAGCAGGAACCGUCAUCCCCGCUGCUUGGGCUCGGAAUUGAGUCUCUGAAGCCAAUCCCAACCGUCUCUUUGGAUGAAGCGGCAGUCAGUGAUUCCCACCAGCCGGAGAACAAUCUUGCUUCGACAGACGCCUUUCGUGCUCGGGUCAUGCGAAGCCCUGUCUCCACGAUGAGCAAGUCUAGCUCACAGGAAAGCAUCAUCGCCUCGAUUUUCGGCACACACCGAUCAUCAAAUUCGAGCACUACUCUGUCCGACCUCGCCCAUCUGGCUAGCUUUGGGAACUCGAUGGAAAGCCUCAAGCUCGAUCUUCAAGAUUUUAGUUCCGGCCCAGACAAGCACUUUCGAGAAGGGAGCCAGGAUACGAUACGAGAAGAUUCGCACUGCAGCAACACGGCGGAUUCUCACCUUAUCGAAUCCUUCGGACCUUUUGCUCCGUCUCCGACAAUCAGACAUGACCGAGGUGCUUCUGCGUCUCAGGUUCCCGUGCCUGAGCGGAAGUCCUCAAUGCCUGGUGUCGAACUCUCGAGGGCUCAAGCGGGCCGCAAACGCGCCAAUACAGCAACUUCCCGACCUCGACGCAACACCCGGGUUUCCUAUUCUCUAUUCCCCACCAAUGCAGCCAACUGA